AUGACAAAAUCUACCGGUGUCGGCCGUGGUCGCAAGAGCGGGCUGAAUGCAGAACAACGCAUCCAUGCCCAGCAACAUCUGUCGGAAUUCCGCGCAGCGCAACUGACAGGGGGCGGAGGUGGCUACCGACGACAAGUUGUCAGAGAGUGGUUCGAUGCUCAUCCAGCGCACAUUACCUUGGGAAUCACCUUGCCUGCGGAGCCGGGCGCACCUGGAAUAGAACCGUCCAAGCUGCCCAAGGAGCUUGAUGAUCGCAUCGAGGCCGAAAAGGAGAAGGUCUCCGAGGUGGGUUACACACAGGCUGCCAUAUUGUUUCUGUCUCUGACAAAAAUCCAGCAAUUCCGCACCUGGUUUCGCAACCAUAGCUCCAACGCCAAGAAGAAGGAGGAAUCCACUGGGGGGAGGCAGAUCAUCAAAUCCUCCGCAGUCGAACGAGCCAUGUUAGCCAGAAUCAAGCCUAGAGUUCGACGCAACACACGAGAGGAGUUGUGGGAAGCGUCGCAGUCGAGCAAGGACGUUCUCUCUGUUGCGCUGGAUGCCGAGGGAUGGGCAGACGAAGACUGUCCUGUGCAAGAGGAGGGGGAAACGGAGAAGGAGCAUGCAGAGCGACUGAGCCAGUGGAGGGCAACGAGAAUGGCCGUUCGGCGACGAGUCCGCACAUCAGAGUUUGAUGGAUUGGAAGCGGUUGAGCGAGAGGCAAUCGAAGAAGCGUAUGAAAAGCAAUCAAAAGCAAAGGACAUUGGAUCGCCCGAGCCAAAGACACCGGAGCAACUCCAAUGGGGUAUCGGGAAGCUCCCGUCUGUUGUCACCAAAUCGCAUGAGUUCAUCGAGAACUUGACGGGGCUCGUUGGCGUGACGUUUCUGGUGGGGCCAUCGCCCGAACAUGGCGGCAAGAUCACCACAUACAGUCACUGCCAUGGUCAGACAAAGGGAGGCGUUGACUUUGAGCACUACGUCAAGGACUGGAAGAAGACAUACCUGCAUGUCUUGCGCGACUGGGGGAAGGAAGUCUUUGACCGCGACGAACGGCUGAGGAGGGCUCUGCAGACAGAGGAGAAUGUUGCCACAACCCGGAAUGUGGUCUCCGAGGCUCCUGCUGUGUCGCCUCCUGAUGGCGGAAGCUGGGUCGAUAGUGCGGCCACGGGAACCGAGGAGAAGCACAAGGCAAAUAGGCGCAAGCAAAAAACGUUGACCGUAUCCACCGCCUCAUCGACAGCGACGCCGAAUGCCACUGCCCUAUCCAGCGCCUCGUUGACGCCCACCAACCCUCGUCCGUUACCUCGAUCAGCAUGGCAUGGUGUCACCGGUGGUGGAGAGGACACGAGCCAGGAGGAGGAGGUGGUAGACGAGAACAACGAGGAUCUUGAAGGGGUGGGAUCGUUCUCACUGGGUAUGACAGCAGACGAUCCAGCAUCCACAAACUUUGGCGAAAACUUUGAACGUGCUAUGGCGGACAUGUUCAGAGGCGAUGCUGCUCCCAGCGACGCCGGUAUGGUUGUCGGGCCUCCGCCUACCAAGCCCGCUGGUGUGGGCAAAGGGUUUUCUUUCCUGAGAGAGUUAUACGGCACGUCCAUGGAUCCCCCAACCUUCAACCAACCACAACAGCAGGGGAGCAUACCUUCCGCUACUUCCGCUGCUUCCGCUGGAGCGCAGGAGAAGCCUUGGUGGAUGUACAACUUCUCAAUGGCGCAGGGCUAUGGAGGGCAGCCGGAGAUUGACAUGCAAGGAGGAAAGGGAACCAGCGAAUCUUUCUUUGGAGAUUGGCUUGACAGUGACGGACCUGUGACCACGCCUGUGGAUGGCGAACCCAUGGCCGUCGCUCCUGCCACUUCCGUUGUUCCUACGCCCUCUGUGCCUACGCCCUCGACUUCCGCAACGCUUCAGUCGUCCAAUGCGGAACCCGUGGCCACCGCUGUGGAUGUCGAACCCAUGGCCGUCGUUCCUGCGCCCUCGACUUCCGCAAUACCCGAGGCUUCCACUGCUACCAUGUCCCUCGUUCCUGCGCCCUCCAUGGCCAUACCCGUUGUUCCUACGCCCUCUGUUCCUACGCCCUCGACUUCCGCAACGGUCAAGUCGUCCAAUGCGGGACCCGUGGUCACCGCUGUGGAUGUUGAACCCAUGGCCGUCGCUCCUGCGCCAGCGACUCCCAUACCGGUCUUUCCCCAACCGUCCACUGCUGUCAUGCCCGUCAGUCCUGCGCCCGUAACUGUCGUUCCUGUACCUUCGGCUUGCCCCAAUCCCAUCCCCAUUGUUCCUGCUGACGCUGCUGACGCUGCUGACGCUGCUGCCCUUCCUGUGCCUGCAACAGGCGCUACUUGGCCUCUGACGAGAGCGAAAGUGUCAAACACCUCGUGGAACCCACAGCCGUGGACGCAGUCGUCUCAGCCCUGGGUGCCAAGAUCUGGAAGCGCCGUCAAUCUUCCAUGGAAUCGGAGAUUGCCAGGGCAAAGCAGUGGAUCUUCGAAUCCAUUUGCUGGCGCCAGCUUUACAUCAAGCUCGGCCGUGAAGCCCACAGGAAGCGGGGCCAAGAGCAGCAACAGCGACAGUUGUCCCGACCUUCCAAGGGAGUUUGGACUGCCCGAAUCACGUCCGAUGUCGAAUCCACUGCGUGCAAAGAAUGCGGCGUUGCUAGGGCUGAGUGGGAAGACAUCCCAGAGUGGUAUGGGCGCUCAGACACCGGGUCAGCCAAACCCAGAAGUGGAGAUCGUUGUCGAGGAGGGAGGGUUGGUGAAUCAUAUCAGUGUUGCUCUGCCGUGGUCAAAGGAGCGCCGGAUGCGUGUUGAGAGGAUAGAUAAGGAGAAGCAGCGGGCGCAGGAGCAGCACGAGAAGAAUGUCGCGCAGGGUAUCUUUGUUGUGCCACCGCCGCCCAGUGCUGUUGUUCCAGGUCCAGAGACGCGCAAGGAGCCUGCAGCUCUGGGAGGGCGACGCAAGUCCAAUACCACUGGCGGUGCCAAAGGCCCAAACAGAGCGACGAGUGCGGAUGUUGCGCAAGCUGCGGAAGAUCAGGUGCUGGAGCGCAGUCUUCGGACACGGACGAAGAAUGAACGCGGCAAAGCUUUUGAGGACGAGAUGAAUCGACGUCGGAAGCGACAUGGGGAGAACAAGGACAAGGAAAAGAGCGGCGAAGGGAGUACGAAGACAUUGGACGGAAAGGGGAGGAAACGGGUGGCAUCGACGGUGUUGGAGGGACGAUCGGGGCCCAAGUCAGCCCCCAAGCGUGCCCGUCGCCGAUAG